AUGAUAGUAGUUUACAAAGAAUUUCUGAAUUACACUGUUUUACCUACAUCUUCUAUAUAUCACUCUGAUAAUAAUAAAGAUAUUAGAAAUAACAAUAAAGAGGACGUUGUAGUCAAUAAUACAGAAGAGGCUGUAGCUGAUACUACAGAGAAAAUAAGUAAUAAAAAAUAUGUAAUUGCUAUGAAUUAUUUUGUGUAUCAUCUUCAUCUUGGCCACCCAGAUCAUACUUUAAAAGAUUUCAUAAAAGCCAUUGAUCCUAUAUUAGAAGAUAAACUAUUUAAAGACAAAGUCAUAGUAUUUGAAAGAGACUUCUGUCAAAUUCUUCCUGUUAUUAUACAAGAACUAGAAAAAGAUACUAUUCAACUUCCUACUGAUAUCAUUUCACAAUCUCAAGAAUUAAACACCCUUAUAUGUUUUAUAUAUUCUGAUUUUUCUUCAGAUUUAGAUUCUCAUUAUUUAGUUAAUCUGCCAUAUUUACUUUUAAAAAUAACUAUAUUAAUACUAUUAAUACUAUAA